AUGUGUUACUACAUCCAAGCUGGAAUACUAUCAGAUUUUAUGUUUAUAUACAGGAACUUGACGAGAGGUGUUGGUAGAUUUAGAGAGUUACUAAGAGCUGUUGAAACAAGAACUACACAAAAUCUGCGAAUGACGAUAGCAAGACAAUUGGCUGAAAUUUUGUUACGAGGCAUGUGUGAACAGAGUUAUUGGAAUCCACUGGAAGAUCCUCCUCACCAAUCACCCCUAGAUGAUCCACUCCGGAAAGGUUCAAAUACUAAGAAUUACGCGCUCAGUAGAAGACCGCGGGUAUACACUGGAGAAAACAUCUUUUGUCCUCAAGAAAAUACAGAAGAAGCCUUACUGUUGCUGCUUAUUAGUGAAUCUAUGGCUAACCGUGAUGCUGUGCUGAGCAGGAUACCAGAACAUAAAAAUGAUCGUAUCAUCAGUUUGCAAAGUGCAUCUGUAGUCUACGAUUUACUUACUAUAGCCCUGGGAAGAAGAGGCCAAUAUGAAAUGCUCUCAGAGUGUUUAGAAAGAGCCAUGAAGUUUGCGUUUGAAGAGUUCCAUCUCUGGUAUCAGUUUGCAUUGUCCUUGAUGGCAGCAGGAAAAUCUGCUCGAGCUGUUAAAGUGUUGAAGGAAUGUAUACGUUUGAAACCAGAUGAUGCAACUAUUCCACUCCUUGCUGCGAAGCUGUGUAUGGGAUCUCUCCACUGGUUGGAAGAAGCUGAAAGAUUUGCCAAAGCAGUUGUUGAUCUUGGGGAUAAAACAUCAGAGUUCAAAGCAAAAGGCUACUUGGCACUGGGACUGACUUACAGUCUGCAGGCUACUGAUGCAUCUUUGCGAGGGAUGCAAGAGGUCUUGCAGAGAAAGGCUCUUCUUGCAUUUCAGAGGGCUCACAGUUUGUCUCCAACAGAUCACCUGGCAGCGUUUUACUUGGCCCUGCAGCUUGCCAUAUCCAGACAGAUACCAGAAGCUUUGGGUUAUGUUCGUCAGGCUCUGCAACUACAAGGAGAUGAUGCCAACUCUCUUCAUCUCCUUGCACUCUUGCUAUCAGCCCAGAAACACUAUCAUGAUGCUUUGAAUAUCAUUGAUAUGGCCUUGAGUGAAUAUCCAGAAAAUUUUAUUGUGCUUUUUAGUAAGGGCUUGUUAAAUAGUGAUUAA